AUGAUGAAGUAUUUUGUGGUAGCAUUCCUCUUGAUUGAGUUAAUCACAGCACAGAAGCUUCCUAGAAAUCCAGCCCCCCCUACAUGGUUGACAAUAACUGGUAAACAGCCUGCUGUGAUAGCAAGGGGAGGGUUUUCAGGAUUGUUUCCUGAUUCGAGUCGAUAUGCAUAUGACUUUGUGUCACAAGUGAGCUUACCUGAUUCCAUUUACUAUUGUGAUCUGCAACUUACCAAGGAUGGCGUAGGCUUCUGCCAAACAGCGUUAAAUCUUGACAAUUCUACCAAUAUAGCCAACCUCUUCCCGAAAGGCCAAAAAACAUACAAUGUUAACGGAAAAGAUAUUCGUGGAUGGUUUGCUAUUGAUUAUUUUGCAGAUCAGCUUUUACCUAAUUUAACCUCUGUCCAGAAUGUACUGACUAGACCCAAUGCUUUUGAUGGUCAAGAAUUACUCCUAGUCGAAGAUGUGACCUCUAUUAGCAAACCACCUCCAAGAGUCUGGCUGAAUGUUCAGAUUGACUAUAUUUUAUGCCUUUUUUUUUGGCAGUAUGACCUGUUCUACAACCAGCACAAAAUCAGCCCAGCAUUAUACCUUCAGGAUUUGAGAUUUGCAGGAAUCAAUUACAUAUCUUCUCCUGAAAUUGGCUUCUUGAAAAGUAUAGGAGCUAAAGUGGACAAAGUCCGGACCAAACUUGUUUUGAGGUUUCUAGAACCUGAAGCAAUUGAACCUACAACCAACCAGUCAUAUGGUGAGAUAGUGAAAAACCUUGCGGCUAUAAAGCCAUUUGCUUCAGGCAUUCUGGUCCCCAAAACAUAUAUAUGGCCAGUUAACAAGGAAAUGUAUCUUAUGCCACCUUCUACUCUUGUGACUGAUGCUCACAAACAAGGCCUUGAAGUAUAUGCUUCUGGGUUCGCCAAUGAUUCCCCUGGCAGUUAUAAUUACAGCUAUGACCCAACAGCUGAGUACUUGCAGUUUAUUGAUAACGGUCAGUUUUCCGUUGAUGGUGUGCUCACAGACUUCGCUCCUACAGCAUCUGAAGUAAUUGCGUGCUUAGCACACAACAAAAAUGCUAGCAAGCCUAAGAAAGGGCACUCUCUAAUAAUAAGUCACAAUGGUGCUAGCGGAGACUAUGCAGGAUGCACUGAUCUUGCAUAUGAGAAGGCGGUCAUGGAUGGGGCUGAUAUAAUUGACUGUUCAGUCCAAAUGUCGAAGGAUGGUGUAGCAUUCUGCCUCGAUUCAGCUGACCUUUUGGGCGAUACCACUGCCAUCAGUACCUUCAUGUCUCGAUCCUCCAACAUCCCUGAAAUCCAACCCAUGAAAGGAAUAUUUUCAUUUGAUCUCAUUUGGAGCGAGAUCCAAAGCUUAAAACCACAACUGACGAGCCCACUGUCACAAGAUAUGGGAGGCUUGCCAAGAAAUCCAGCAAAUAAGAACAAGGGCAAAUUCUUAACCCUAGCUGAGUUUCUUGACUUUGCCAAGGCUAAAGCAGUUACUGGAGUUCUAAUCAACAUACAGAAUGCACCCUACCUAGCCUCAAAGAAAGGUCUAGACAUAGUAGGUGCUGUCACCACUGCCUUGAGCAACGCCACAUUUGACAAGCAAUCGACCCAGCAAGUUAUGAUCCAAUCAGAUGAUACCUCGGUGCUGGCAAAGUUUAAGGAUUUCCCAUCAUACCAAAGAGUCUAUGAUAUCAUGAACAUAAUAGGUGAUGCCCCAAAGCCAUCGGUGGAUGAAAUCAAGAAAUACGCAGAUGCUGUUGAUGUCCGAAGGCCCAGCAUUUUCAAAAGCAUAGCCUUUAUCCUUAGUAACUUCACCAAAGUCGUCGAGGAAAUGCAUGCAGCAAAUAUCUCUGUAUAUGUCUCCCCUCUAUACAAUGAGUACACCACCUUGGCAUUUGACUUUUUUGCCGAUCCUUUGGUAGAGCUAUCCACCCUUAUUAAGGCCCUCAAAGUUGAUGCAGUAGUGACUGACUACCCGGCUACAGCCAAUGCUUAUUUGAGUAAGUCUUCUAACUCCUGUCCCUCUUUCCCUAAUUUUGUCAGUUCCUAAUUUAAAAAGUCCAAAAAUUUUAUUACCACCACUUCAGAAGAUUUAUACAUUUAUCUUGCAAAACUUGAAGGAAGCCCAUGCUCAGAUCCAAGAAAUACAAACCUAGAAUACCCGAUAAGUCCAGUGGAACCAGGGGCUUUGCUUGAAAUAGCUGCACCACAAGCACUUC